AUGCCACCUCCAGUCGGCAGAUAUGGGCCAUCUGGUCUAGGUGCUCCUUACAAUAUACAACAAUCUCACAUUCAAUCUCACCCACACGCACAAUCUGCAAACACACUACCUCCCCCUUCGCUUGGUCAUCCUGGCUUUGCGGGCAAUCCAAACACCAACAUUAAUCCCUUUACAUUAUCCGGCGCUGGAAUUGCAAAUGGCAUGUCGGUAGCUGGCUUCCCGGGAGCUGGUGCCGAUGGUGGUGGCACUGGCCUUGCUAGCCAUGCGGCCCAGAUGGGUUUCGCGCGCGGUGCGCAAAUGCAACAAGCACAGCUACACCAGGGUCAUGACGGUCGGUUAGCACUCGAUGCCAAAGGUGGUGCAGUAAAAUCAAGGAUCAGAGAUGUCUGGAAGCACAACCUGGCUCAUGAGAUGGCAGUCCUGCGUCAGCUGGUCGACAAGUACCCUUAUAUCAGCAUGGAUACCGAGUUCCCUGGGAUUGUUGCGCGACCGAUCGGAUCCUUCUCGAACAAAGCGGAUUACCAUUACCAAACCCUGCGGUGCAACGUUGAUCUUCUGAAGAUGAUCCAACUGGGAAUUACCCUGUUCAACGAUGAAGGGGAGGUUCCCCCGGCUUCAAGCUCCGAUUCAAACGGCCAAGCGUACGGCGUGCCUGCUCCUUGCACAUGGCAAUUCAACUUCCGAUUCUCACUCGAGGGUGACAUGUACGCCCAGGAGUCAACAGCUAUGCUCGCCAAGUCAGGGAUCGAUUUUGCCAUGCAUGAGAAGAACGGCAUUGAUCCCUUUGAGUUUGGUGCUCUCUUGAUCAGCUCUGGACUGGUAUUGUUGGAUGACGUUCACUGGGUCUCAUUCCACUCCGGAUACGACUUUGGUUAUUUGAUGAAGAUUAUGCUCUGCUCCCAACUCCCCGAAAACGAGGAGGAGUUCCACAAGCUUCUCACAAUUUUCUUCCCGUCACUCUACGACAUCAAAUACCUCAUGAAGCACGCCGGACGCAACCAAGCCGUCAACGGCUCGCCUCUCACCCCCGCAGCAGCACAAAUCCUCACCAACCUCGGCCAGAAGUCUGGUCUUCAAGACAUCGCCGAUGAACUUGGCGUGAAACGUGUCGGGAUCGCCCACCAGGCUGGAUCGGACUCACUAGUGACAGGUGAGAUCUACUGGAAGACCCGCCAGCUUAUUUUCGGCGGUGAGAUCGACGACAGCAAAUACUCCGGUCAGAUUUGGGGUCUCAAUGGACAAAUGCCCGCGAUGGCCUAUAACAUGGCCCAGCAAACGCCGAACCUCAACGGUGCCAAUCUCUACUCUGGUACCCCCAGCACCCCAAAUACCGGGUCUCACGGAGCUGGCGCCCAAACUCCCCAGCAACACACAUCUGGGUAUAAUUCGUCAACCCCGGGAGCCUAUCAAAUGGGCCGGGCAUAA